CCCUCUGUUAUACUAAAAUACUCACAAUUUGAUACCCGUUUCAGCUAAACAAGAACUUUCAGGUUUUAAUGGAAUCGAACCGCAAGCGCAAAGGGUUCAUCAAGGGGAAGCUGAUGCCGCUAUAUCGAGUAGCCAAGUCUUCCUCGAACAUUCCAUAUGGUAGCAAAGUUCUGAAGCCAAACCAGCCUUCAGCAGCUACGGCGACAGCUUCAGUGGGUUAUGUCGUCCAGGACUACGUAGUUGCUCAGCAGAAGCCAAAGGUGUCGUUUAUGGUACAAGCUGAUAAGAAUCGUGAGGUGAGCCACUUUGAGAACCUCUUUGGCGAUGAAAUGGUGGAUGACAAAGCUGCAAGCUACAUCUCCUCCGUUAAAGAACGUUUUAAGCUUGAACGCAGCAACUCAGAACGAAUCAAGACAGUUUGAGAAAGUUACUGAGCAUUCACAAAACCAUGGUCAUUUACAUUUAGUACUGCAGCCUCCAUUAAUAAAUUACUCGUCAAGUAGAAAUUAAGAUGAAGGAUCUGUUUUUGCUGAGAAUGAAGGUUAAUUUUAUUUGUAAUUUGCGAUAAUUAAGGUUUAUAUUUGUUGUAUCUCCCUUAAGCUUAGCAUAAUCAGCUUCUUUGUCUUGGCUUAAUGAAUGCAUCGUUAACCUUUUGCUCAA